UGAUUAGCUUACUGUCACUUAAACAAGAAUGAUGUUAAAUUCAACUCCAUCUUAUUUCAUUCUUGGAGCUUACAUGGAUACAGGAAAUGUGAGAUAUGUCUAUUUUAUAUUGACUGCACUGUUAUACAUUUCAAUUGUUUUUGUCAACACAUCUCUGAUCGUGAUUAUCUGUAUGAACAGAAGUUUACAUGAACCUAUGUACCUGUUUCUGUGCAGCCUGUUUGUAAAUGAACUGUAUGGUAGUACAGGGUUGUUUCCAUUCCUUCUGCUUCAGAUCCUCUCUGACAUUCACACUGUUUCUGUUCCCUUUUGUUUCCUUCAGGUUUUCUUUUUGCACAUAUAUGCAAAUGUAGAGUUAUAUAAUUUAACCAUCAUGUCUUAUGACAGAUACCUUGCUAUCUGUUGUCCACUGCAGUAUAACACACGUAUGACAUUUAACAAGGUGCUUAUCUUCAUUGUUGUUAUAUGGUUGUACUCUUUUGUCAGAUGUAUGAUCAAUAUAUCCUUAACCAUCCGUUUGAAACUGUGUGGAAACAUCAUAAACAGCUUAUACUGUCAUAACUAUCUUGUUGUUAGGUUGGCUUGUUCAGACACCACAGUGAAUAACAUCUAUGGAUUAUUCAAUGUUGUUCUCACCACUUUAGUCCCUCUGCUUCCAAUCCUUUUCUCUUACACAAAAAUUCUUAAAGUUUGUUUUUCUGGUUCUAAACAGACCAGACAAAAAGCUGUCAGUACCUGCACACCUCACCUUUUGUCUCUGCUGAAUUAUUCUUUUGGUGCUUUCUUUGAAAUACUGCAGACUAGAUUAGAUCUGACCAAUAUUUCUAAAGUGCAAAAAAAUGUUCUGUCAUUAUAUUUUUCGGUACUGCAACCACUUUUGAAUCCUAUCAUGUUUGGAAUGCAAAUGUCAAAAAUAAGAAACACAUGCAAACAUCUCCUUUUUCCCCAGAAGGUGGAGAUUAAGAAAUUCAGUACCUCGUACCUUGGUCCAAGAAGGUCCAGGUAGAAGAUCUUGUGGAUAGGGAUCUAAGCAAGAGUUUACUCCCCCUACUCAUCUGGGUUCUCUGGGUCUGUCCAGCAGUUUUUCCUGACAUCUGACCCAAAUCAACACCAGGUGCACACAUUCUUUCUCUGACUCCUAACUUGGGGUGUCCACAUUUCUCUA